CCUCAUAGCCAUCUUACCACCCUGCACAAAGCAUCUUCUGGGGGCUGGCGGGCUGCAGGUUGAGCAAAUAGCAAAAUAUCUGCGAAUAUGGCUGGAUGGACAGAUAGGAUUCCGUGGGAUUCAAGCUCUUGUGUUCAUCAGAGAGAGACUCCCCAGCUGAACCCUGUGAUGGAACCCCUGUCCUGGAUGCUGGGCACCUGGCUCUCGGACCCGCCAGGAGACGGCACCUUCACUACAAUGAAGCCUUUCCAGUACCUGGAAGAAGUGCACAUCUCUCACGUGGGGCAGCCCAUGCUCAACUUCUCAUUCAACGCUUUCCAUCCGGAUACUAGGAAACCCAUGCACCGGGAAUGUGGAUUCAUCCGCCUCAAACCUGACACUAAUAAGGUGGCCUUCAUCAGUGCCCAGAACACAGGUCUGGUGGAGGUGGAGGAAGGGGAGGUAAAUGGACAAGAGCUGUCUAUAGCUUCUCACUCCAUAGCCAGGAUCUCCUUUGCCAAGAAGCCCCAUGUAGAGCAGAUUACCAGAAAAUUCAGGCUCAAUUCCGACGGGAAACUCGAACAAACUGUCUCAAUGGCAACCACUACGCAGCCUAUGACUCAGCACUUGCACAUUACCUACAAGAAGGUGACACCCUGACACCGGGAGUACUGGGUAUCCUCGUCGAGGGCAAGGAGCAAGGACAUCAUGCCCCAAGAGCAGCAGCAGCUCAGGAGCACGGCAUGGCAGACCCUGGAGCUGGCUGCCUGCGCUCAUCCCCUGGGCCUCAGAGCUGCUCAUCCUGUUGAGAAUGUUACUCAGAUGUUUCUGUAAUGGUAUAUAAAAAAAAAAGUAAAUAAAAAGCUUUUAUUUUUA